GGUACUGACUCCUGGAGCACUGUGCUGAGGAGGACUCUGAAGCAGCAGCACGCUUAGCAGGACUGUGGUGGCCAAAUGGCGAGGCUCAUGGAGGGAGGCGGCCGGCAUCACUGGAAUGAGCUGUCUGUGUUUGGGGCAAGUGUGAUUACAUAUGGGAGCGCACGCUGCCUGAGAGCUUCCCAGGUGGAAAGCCACGGGGCAAAGCUGACGUUCCGUGCAUGCCGGCUUCCAGCCCCCACAGCUCAUCUUCCAGUCACCCGGCGUGAUGCUGCAAUGAUGCUACUCCUUAGCACUCUGCUUCCCAGCCAAAACAAUGCUCCAUCUCAUCUUUUCCAAAGCUUCCGGCCCCAGCAGUUCUCGGACCUGCGGUACUUUCCUCCCUGUAAGUAACAAAGGCGGACAAGCCCCAGCUUCUCUAAGAUGCCUUCAGCUGCCUGGAAGAGGCCUGUGGAAGGCCCUGCAACUCUCCACAGACCUCGGGGCGUUGCUGUUGCUUCCCAGUGGCCCUGGCCCCCUCAGCCAGGCUGCCUGAUAGGGGCUGUGAAUCUGAAAUCCAGCAAUCGAACCCCAGUGGUACAGGAAUUUGAAAGCGUGGAACUGUCUUGCAUCAUUACGGAUUCGCAGACAAGUGACCCCAGGAUCGAAUGGAAGAAAAUUCAAAAUGGCGAAACCACAUAUGUGUUUUUUGACAACAAAAUUCAGGGAGUCUUGGUAGGUCGUGCAGAAAUACUGGGGAAGACAUCCCUGAAGAUCUGGAAUGUGACACGGACAGACUCAGCCCUUUAUCGCUGUGAGGUGGUUGCUCGCAAUGACCGCAAGGAAAUCGAUGAGAUCAUGAUCGAGUUAACCGUGCAAGUGAAGCCAGUGACCCCUGUCUGUAGAGUGCCAAAAGCUGUGCCAGUAGGCAAGAUGGCAACGCUGCACUGCCAGGAGGGUGAGGGCCACCCCCGGCCUCACUACAGCUGGUAUCGCAACGAUGUGCCGCUGCCCACGGAUUCCAGAGCCAAUCCCAGAUUCCGCAAUUCGUCUUUCCACCUAAACUCUGAAACAGGCACUCUGGUGUUCAGUGCUGUUCACAAGGACGACUCUGGGCGGUAUUACUGCAUUGCUUCCAAUGACGCAGGCUCAGCCAGGUGUGAGGAGCAGGAGAUGGAAGUCUAUGACCUGAACAUUGGCGGAAUUAUUGGGGGGGUUCUGGUUGUCCUUGCUGUGCUGGCCCUGAUCACGUUGGGCAUCUGCUGUGCAUACAGACGUGGCUACUUCAUCAGCAGUAAACAGGAUGGAGAAAGUUACAAGAACCCAGGGAAAGCAGAUGGAGUUAACUACAUCAGGACUGAUGAGGAGGGCGACUUCAGACACAAGUCAUCGUUUUUGAUCUGAGAGCCGCAGUGUGGCCAAGAGCCCACAUGCACAUACCUCUACUAUAAACUCCUGUCAAGGCAGCGAGAGCCGAGUGCACUUGGACAAAGCUAGACACUCAUUCAGAAGCUUUUUGUUUUGGCCAAAGUUGACCACUACUCUUUUUACUCUAACAAGCCACAUGAAUAAAAGAAUUCUCCUCAAGGUGGACACUGUAAAUGUAAACAAAGGAAGAGAAACUGCGUGCGUUCACUGAGUUGGGUUUCUGGCCUGAUUCCCACACAAGUAUUAGGGUGAUCUUCAAGAGCGUGCUCACAUAAAUGCUCCUGUGCUGGGUCUUGUGAAGCCUGGACAGCGCCCUGUGAGAUGGCGAGGUGGCAGUGCGGCACCAGCAGUGAGCGCGUCCUGGUGGGAACCCACAAAAGGCUUCUUAGGCAGCGGCCUUACUUCAUCAGCCCGCACACGCCACCGCAGUUUCUUCUCAAAGGCCCUGCUGAUCAGUGUUGCAGUGUCCGUUGUGGAGAAGCUUUUUGGAUCAGCAUUUUAUAAAAACAACCAUAAUUGGGAAGGUAAAUUGCUUGCUGAAGAGGGAUCUUGCCUGAAGAGCCCUGCUUGUCCAACAGGGUGUCAGGAUUUAAGGAAAACCUUCGUCUUAGGCUAAGUCUGAAAUGGUACUGAAAUGUGCUUUUCUAUGGGUCUUUAUUUUAUAAAAUUUUACAUCUAAAUUUUUGCUAAGGAUGUAUUUUGAUUAUUGAAAAGAAAAUUUCUAUUUAAACUGUAAAUACAUUGUCAUACAAUGUUAAAUAACCUAUUUUUUUUAAAAGAGUUCAACUUAAGGUAGAAGUUCCAAGUGGAACUAGUGUUAAAUUGGAAAAUAUCAAUAAUUAAGAGUAUUUUACCCAAGGAAUCCUCUCAUGGAAGCUUACUGCGAUGUUCCUUUUCUCACAUAAGUUUUAGCCUUUUUCACAAGAGAACUUAGGCUGUCUACACAUCAAACCAUUGUUGCUUAGGAAACUUUUAAAAAUUAUAGUUGAGCAAUGUUGAAAUCAGUUUGCAUCUCUCCAAAAGAAACCUCCCAGGUUAGCUUUGAACUGCCUCUUCCUGAGAUGACCAGGGCAGUGUACCCAGAGGCUACCCAGAGGCCUCAGAUGGACAGAGACGGACACCAGUAAGCUCCUGGGGUUGCGCCAGGCACCCCUGCUCUAGCUCAGCACUGCCUUGCUGUCUGCCAGGAGGCUCAGGCAUCUUUGAGCCUGGCUGUGCCCCCGUGAGCUUUUCUCCUGUGGCCUCUGCUUCAUCCAGUACAGCGCUAAGGUGGGCACUCCAGGGACACGGGUGUCUUCCAUGUAGUGUCCCAGCUUUGGGCUCCCAUAACAGACCUUUUUGGUUAUGGAUGGCUUACAAAAUACAGCUUCCACUGCUAUUGUUUUUAAAGUUUGUUUUAAUUAUUAAGACUAAGACCAAAGGCAAUUGCAAAAUCAAGUCUGUCAAUACAAUAUUUUAAAAAUAGAUUCCACUGUUCCUCUUUGCCACAGAGAAAGCACGCAGACACCACAGGUUCUGUCAUUUCAUAACAAACCAUUGUGAAGUGGCGGCCAGUCCAGCCUUUGAAGAACCUCAGGUGGUGCAGGCAGGUGAAAGGCCUGGGAGUGAGGAAAGUGAAACGCCUGAAUCAAAAGCAGUUUUCUAAUUUUGAUUUAAAAUGUUUCAUCUGCCGGAAACACUGCUCAGUUUGUGGGGAAACAUCCUUCCGAAGCCUGAGUUCUUCAAGAGCAGGUGUUCUCAGCCUCGCAUGCCUUGCCGUGCUGGACUCGGGACCCAAGUGCUCCGAAGCAAGGAGCUGCUGAGGAGCCCCUCACUCCACUGUGUGCCUGAAGGGUGCCUCUCACUAGUCACCUGGUCGUUCAGCUUCCAGUGUCUUGAGUUUUUUAUACGUUGACAGCUUUUUUUAACUGCAUACAUGAGACUAUGUUGACUUCUUGUAGUUAUGUGAAACCCUUUGCCACAGGCCUCCUGGCAGAGGGAGGAAGUGCCCCAGCAGUGGCUCAGUGCUCCGUGGCGUGUUCCGCACGGCAUCCUGGAUGCUGAGCAUGCAAGUUCCCUCCAUUGCCAUCUCGGUGGACAGGGAUGUCUCCCCACCCUCAGUGUGGGGGAAUAACGCUCCAGCCUCCUUCUUGGUUGUCAUACUGAGAGGGUAGCCUUAUUGCCCCCUCUUCUGAUACCCUAAAACCUUCUACACUAGUGCCAUGGGAACCAGGUCUGACGAAGUAGAGAGACGUGAAAGUGGAGUCUGGGAAGUAGUUGCCUAUAACUGAGACUAGACAGAAAAGGAACACUCAUGUAUUGUAAGAUAUGAAUGUGACCCGACGCAAGGCCCAUACGAGGCUGUGACUCUGCCUUUGGGAUGGAUGUUGCUGUACAUAGAUAUUACAGACUUGUACUAACACACCUAUAAUUUGGUAUUUGUUUAACCUCAUUUAUAAAAACUUAAAAAAAACCCAAA